UUCGUUUCCAGCACACGGCCCAGUAACAGCAGGGCGGCCGGACCACCCCCACCGCCGUCUCUACGCCCACGCGACGCCGGAGAACCUCGCAGCGCCGAACCGGAAAAGGACCGCGCGAGCGCCGCCUGGCUCAGUGGCGUUCAUCGCCGAGAGGCGAGAGCGCGUGCCGCGCGCAGCGGCGGAGGCUUUUCUCAUCCCCCACCGCAGCUCCUGAAACCCCAACCCUCUCUUCCGCCCAAGCUCCACGCGUCGAGAAAUUCGGGGAGGAUGUCUGGAUUGGCCGCGAGCGCGCUGCCCCUCGCCGCAGGCCCGUCUCCGCUUCCGUGGUGCAGACCCACUCGACCCAGCGGCCUAACGAGGCCUCCACUACUCAAGGUUGCGGAGCUGCAACCAUGUCUUCUUGGCCGAUUCGCUUCGGCCAGACGGCCGAAAUGUGCUGCGGCGUCGGGCAAUGGGCGUCAGGGACUUCGCGCCAGCCAGUACCGGUUUGAUGAUGAUGAGCCGCUGUGGCUUGCGGUGGUUAGAGAAUUCGCUGUGAGUGUGAGGAACUUGGUGGUUUUCUUGGCUGAGCAGCCAGGGCAAUUGAAGCACCUCGAAUGGCCGGGCUUCCGCAAUACGUUGAGGACGGCAGCACUUACUCUCAUACUCGUUGCGGUGUUCAUUGUUGCCUUGUCUUCCGUUGAUGCUGCCCUUUCAUACAUUUUGUCCUGGCUACUUCGGAAAUCUGCGUAGUUUACUGACCUGGCAAAUUAUGAAGGAGCAGAUGAUGCUAUACAGACCGGCGGUGGGAAGGUGGUUAAUGUCCCAGUAUACCAUGUUAUCCUGAGUGUUGAGAGAAUCGAAAGGAAUGCUCUGCAACUGACAUUUGUUUGUCGCGAAUGUAUAAUGUAUUUAUGCAGUUGCUUGCUAUGGUAGUUAAAUGCUAAUUAUUUCUAUUUGGUUGAGAAAGGAAAGAAGACAGAGUUAUUCAUUUGCCCCUAAUUCUGUAAUUCAAACUCUUAUCUAGACCACCAGUGUGAAUCCCAACUUGUUACGUUAAGAACUGUUCUCUAUUUCU